UGAGCUCUCAGAAAACAACAACAAACGUGAGCACGACGGACAAACGACAAGUUAAUAAAAAGUGCAUUCGCUGCGUGGUUUAAGCAACUAAAUUAUUGUAAAGUGUACAAUUCGCAUUGCAUACGAAUUGAUUUUGCCGCAGAUGUAACAAAACGCGACGCACAAACACUGUGCUCGCUUUUCUUGGCGUGUUUUCGUUUUUUCUUCAUGGGCAAACUAUGAAAAUUGAUGAAACGAUAAUUUGACGACUCGUUCAGCAGAAAAAUUAAAAACAACAAACAGCAAAAUGUGGAUUCAACCGAAGGAUUUGCUGCUACCAUCGCCUUUCUGGAUCGCUGAAAUGUAUUCCAAGUAUUUUGUGCUACAAAAGCGACGCGGGCACGGCGAAUCUCGUGGCUUUGGCUCCAUGCUGGUGGGCACCUUUGACAGCGUCAUGAGCACCAAACCGGCGCCAUAUCGCAUACUGCAUCAGACGCCCUCCUCCGAAGUUUCUUACGAAAUUGCAAUUGGUCUGACGCAAGACGAGAUCGUAAAGGACUGGGAAUGGCUGCAAACGAAUCUCUUCAGUGUGCUCAAUGAAAUGGAAAAUGAGGAGGAAGUGACAAACUUUACAAUCUGCAAAAUACAAUCGCUGUAUGCUCAAAAUAAUCAAGACGAUACCGGUGAAUCGCCGGACUUUAAAGUGAUGACCUCACAGUUUCGAAAAAUCUUCAAAAUGCCCGAAGAGGAGCGUCUGGUCAACUCGUAUUCAGCGACAUAUGUCAAGAACAAAAUACCAAGGCAAGGACAAUUGUACAUCUCGCUGAAUCAUGUCUGUUUCUAUUCCUAUAUCUUGAGCGAGGAGAUUAAGCGUAUCAUACGUUUUGCGGAAUUGGAGGACAUCAGUCGCAGUGGCAAAACAAUCUAUUUGAAGACUACCAAUAACAUGACCUACAAUUUUACGCUGAUCUUUAAUGCAAGUAAAGCGCAUGCUCUAAUCGAGCAGCUCAAUAAGAUGGCCAUACAAAAGCUGAUACAGGAUCCAGAGAGUCCUGUUGUCGAUCACGACACUUCGAAUUACACACGCUUUGCCACAAAGAUGUCGAAAGAACCUGUGCUCCUGCGAGACUUGACAGCACGUCAGAAAUCCGAGGAGUUUCGAGUUUAUUUCCGUCUACCACAAACAGAAAUUAUUGAUGGCAAAAUCAAGGCGGAUAUCUGGACGCCGUACUCGAAGCGUUUUCAUGCCGGCUACAUUUAUCUAUCGCCCAAUUUCUUCUGCUUUCGCAGCGAUGUCAAGGAUUUGGUUAGCCUUGUCAUACCCAUGAAGACUAUUAAGAGCGUCGAGAAGAAGGACGAUGGCCAGCAGCGUUAUGACAACCAGAUUGUCAUUUUUUCGUCGGAUAAUGUGCCCUUCAUGUUCUCAAAGAUUGUCGAUCGUGAAGUGCUCAUCUCCAAGAUCACAGAUCUACUUUCCCGCAUACACAUUCCCGUGAGCAGGGAGCGCGCUAAAUAUGAUAUAUCCUGGAGUAAGCAGACUGCUUUACUCAACACAUUCAAGACGCAGUUCAGUCCCGACAUACAGAAGAAACAGGAACAAAAGUUAGCAAGAUGGGAGGAUCAUUUUCGUGAUUUUGGACGUGGCAUCGCGAUGUUUCGCACUACAGAUGUGAUCAAUUUGAUUGUGGAAGGCAUACCCGAUAAAUUGCGACAGGAGAUCUGGCUCAUCUUCUCGGGUGCCAUACAUGACAAGGAAAUGAAUCCUGGACUGUAUGAGGAUCUCGUAGAGAAGGCUGCCUGCAUUAAAAAUAGCUUUGUCCACGACGAGAUCGAUCGUGAUUUGCCACGCUCGCUACCAGAACAUCCGGCCUUCCAAUGCACUGAUGGCAUUGGCGCCUUGCGACGCGUGCUCCAAGCGUAUGCAUUACGGAAUCCGCAGGUUGGCUACUGUCAGGCCAUGAACAUUGUAUCAUCGGUAUUUCUAUUGUUUUGUGAUGAGGAGAACGCCUUCUGGAUGCUGGCGGCGCUCUGCGAGAAUCUAUUGCCUGACUAUUACCAGGACAAGAUUGUGGGUGCCCAAAUCGAUCAAGGUGUGCUCAAUGAGUUGGUGGCAACGCACCUAUCCGAUUUGCAUGAACAUCUGGAGCGAUUGGGUGUCAUAAAGAUGAUCUCCAUCUCCUGGUUCCUCACCAUAUUCAUAAGCGUCAUCAGCUACGAGAGUUCGCUGCAAAUUCUCGAUUGUUUUUUCUACGAGGGCGCCAAAAUCAUAUUUAUGAUUUCGCUGCAAAUCAUCGAAUGGAAUCGAGACAAGCUGCUCGAUUGUCAGGACGAUGGCGAAGCUAUGCUGGUAUUGCAAACGUAUUUGGAGGGCAUCUACAAUCCAGAGUAUCAAGUGCCACCGCCCACAGACAAGCGCAAACAAGAACGCCCCCAAACCCAAACAGUGCAGACUCUCAUCUACGAGGCGUAUACGAAAUUCGGUGCAGAGCUCACGCAACAACGCAUCGAGGAGUUGAGAAAUAAACAUCGUCGACUCACUGUGCGACAAUUUGACAUUGACAACGAGAAGACUAUUGUGAAGGCGCAUGUCCAGAACCCAUACUUCGAGCGCCUUGAGCUGCACACGCUGCUCACGAUUAUCAGAGAGGAGAAGCUGGUGCUAAAGUCGGUUCAGCAGCAGCAGAAGACACAAAGCUUGAGCGAGGCGCCACAGCUGCAGCAUCAUCAAUCGCCCGCACGUGAUAUUAUGCCAGGCGGCGGCAGUGGACGCCAUGAGGCCUACUCGGUUAACUAUGAAGUAUUCCACACGCUUUUCAGCGAGCUGACGCCCUGGCGCAAAUGCGUCAGUGUCGACAUAGCCGAGAAGCUGUUCAGGCUCACGGAUAAGAAGGGCACGGGACAGCUGGACUUUGGGCAGCUUGUCAAUGCCUUGGGCUUGGUUUGCUCCAACAAGAGCACGGAGAAGUUGAAGCUGUUGUUUGUGUUGCAUUUGCCGCCGCUGUUGUCGAAGGCGGAAAUUGAGCGCACACGUCGUCCUCGUCCACGCACCAAAGAUGAUGCCGAGGAGGCCAUCGAAGCGGAGGAUUUCUUUGAUGAUGAUGCCUCCGAGUCGAUUGAAGCGCUGCCAUCGCCAUCGGAUCAGAACUUCGAUGCCGAUGACUUUGCCUUGAUCAGCGCCACACAGCAUUUGCAUAAUCUGGCUGGCAUAUCGGGCAACACAUUCAUGGACUUGUCACGCACACCGAAUCUAUCGCUGAACUCGAAUGCCUCGUCGCUGGCGCAUCGCAACUCGACGUUCUAUGUGGAUCUGCCGGGUGCUGCUGGCCUAGCUGGACUGUCGGGUACUGCAACACGCACUGAUGCUGGGCAGGAGGACGACUACGACAUCGGCCUACACCAGCAGGGACGUUACGAAUCGAUUGACACAUUUUCGGAUAUUUCAGAUUUGGGAGCGGCCCGCAUGACGCCCCCGACGACAGCUGGGGCUGCAUCAGCAGCAGCAGCUGGUUCAAAUGCGGCUACAGCCGCCGAGCAAAUGCUACUGAACGUUGAGACUAUAUCGAAUUUCUCGCAGAUCAGCGAUCUGGUUGCAGCCACACGACUUGAUCGUGCCGACUCCAACGCUACGGACACACGCAGCCUGGGCAGUCUGGGCUAUUUGCUGGAUCAACCCAGUGAGGGAGCCGCUGGCGGCCAUUCGCCAGUGCCGCAUAUGCGUAAAGAGAAUUUCCAGCUGCUGUGGCGCAGCAUUAUCGAGAUCAUGGGUUGUGUGCAGGACGAGGAUAUGCGACGAGCAUAUGAAAAUCUCAUUGAGUUGGGCAACAGCAAUAUCAAAAAGGAGCCGAGCUUGGAAAGCUUUACACAGCUAAAUUUGGCAGGCAGCGGAGAUGAGCAACCGGAUAACAAUGGCAAUCCCACAACGCCGGCUGCAGAGCCGAGCAGCACAACGCGUCUGUUUAUUGCGCUCGAGGAGGAGCUGCGACAGGCCAAGGCAGCCGCUGCGGGUGGAGGAUCCGCUGCAGCCACAAGAACAACAAACACAACGAGCAGUGGCAGCAGCAGCAGCACAAACAUCUCAGAUGGUUGGCACAUAUCCAUCAAACAGUUUAUCGCCACAGCGCUCACAUGCGAAUGCAUUGAGAAGGCAUUCCAGACGAGCACACGCAUUGUGGAGCAGAUCGAACAGCUGCAGAAGAAGAGACGCAAAUGCUUGUCCACCAACUACAACUACUAAAUUCCCCCCCCUCAAUCUCUCCCCCGUAGAACCCAAUGUAUUAGCCAUAAAAAAGAAACUCUCUAUCCACCAACCCCAACUUCCCUCAACAGAUAGGACUGUGCAAUGCGGCUUGAACCGUCGUUAUAUACCGUUUUAUACAUAAAAAUGUUUGUAUGUGUUGUGUACCCGUCUACUAUCCGAAUUAGUUAAGCCAAUUGUUUGUGAAUAUAUAGUUCUAUUAUACCUAUUAUUAUUACAUUAUAUGAAAAGAUAAAAG